UGAUGGAGGUCGAACCCUCGCAUGCUAAAAGCAGCACAUGUACAUGCUAAAUUAAAAAAAAAUGCCCAUAGCUUUUCUUGAAACGCAGUGCUUUACUAUUGCUGGUAUUUUAUUUUACUUUCUUCUCGGCGGUUGAGAGCUGUUAGCAUAGACUUUUUUUAAUACGUUUAGCUUAUCGAAAAUAACACUAGCUAGCAAUUAGCUCGUGUUAGUUGGCCAGUAUCCUAACAGAAAGGCGAAUUACUUUGUCCUAAGCAUGAAAGUCAAAUGGAAGGUAGGCGGGAAAAAGAAGAAAGGCAACGAAGUGUUGCAGAAGUACAUGGUGGCGGUGGAUGAAUUUGUGAAAAGCAAGAAUGGUGCAGAGGAGGCACAGGCUGACACCAGCGUGAGGUUUGUCCAAAGGAAAAGUAGGAAGGAGCUUCGGAAAGAGAAGCGAAAACUGAAGAAAGCCAGAAUGAAAAGUUACUAUCUAGGCAAAAAGACUGACAUUUUACCUAGUGAUGAUGGUGCUCCCCUGGAUACAGCUGUUCCUCAACAACCACGUCCAAAAAAGGAGACCAUCAAAAAAAGCAAUGCUAAAAACAAUGCCAUCAAAGCAGAACAGUCUAAAGAGCCUUCGUCCAAGAAAGCCACCAAGCUUCAAGAAUCGAGAAAGAAAGCACUGUUGGAGGCAAACGAACAAGAAGAUAGAGAAAUAAAAAAGCUAGAGCGCUUUCUUAAAUUAAACAAGAGAAAAAACAAGAAAAGCAUUCCUCAGUCAUUUGUGGCCGACGGCCUGGACUACAUCCUGGGUGUCCUGGACUCUGACACUUUGGCCGCCGGCAUGUGCGACAGCGAUGACGACAUGGACAUGGCCAAGCAAAACUUUGAACAACUGGACAAGGACACCUCACAGCCCUCAGAUGAGGAGGAGGAGGAGGAUGUGGCGAGUGAAGGCAACGGAGAAGACAUGGAUUCUUCCAGCGAUGAAGUUGAUGCGUCGGAGGAGGAGGUUGAAGUUACCAGUGAAGAAGAGGCAAUGGAUGAAACCCAAGAUGUGGGUGACGCUGAAGACAUAAAUAAGGAAGCCAUGGAGUCCAAUUCAAAUCCUGGGGACUUUGAGACCGGCAAGUACGUGCCUCCUCACGUGCGCAACGCUGCAGGUGACCAACACAAAGCCGAGCUGGAAAAACUCCGGAAGAACGUCAAAGGCCUUGUAAACAGACUGAGUGAACCCAACAUGUUGUCCAUCAGCGGCCAGCUGGAGGCGCUCUAUAUGAGCUGCAGCAGGAAGGACAUGAACGACACCCUCACGGAGGUGCUGCUGGCGGCCUGCGUCACCCCAGCGCUGAUGCCUGACAGGCUGCUGAUGGAGCAUGUCCUCCUCGUCAGCGUCCUUCAUCACGCUGUGGGCUUGGAGGUGGGAGCCCAUUUUCUGGAGACGGUGGUGCGCAUGUUCGACAAUGUGUACAACCGGCCAAGUGAGGGCAAAGAGUGCGACAACCUUGUGGCUAUUGUGGCCCACCUCUACAACUUCCAGGUGGUGCACUCACUCCUCAUCUUCGACAUCCUGAGACGCUUCGUGGCGGCCUUCGCAGAGAAGGACAUCGAGCUGGUGCUGUUUGUGCUAAAAAACGUCGGCUUCUCCCUGAGGAAGGACGACGCACUGGCUCUCAAGGACCUCAUCACCGAGGCCCAGCGCAAGGCGUCUGACGUGGGAAAUAAGUUCCAGGAUCAAACAAGAGUGCGCUUCAUGUUGGAAACCAUGCUGGCUUUAAAGAAUAAUGACAUGCGCAAGAUCCCAGGCUACGAUCCUGAACCUGUGGAGAAACUGAAGAAGCUGCAAAGGACUCUGAUCCAACGCAGAGCAGCAGGCAGCGACAUGAUGCUCAGAGUUUCCCUGGACAAUCUGCUGUCAGCCAAUGAGGUGGGCCGCUGGUGGAUCGUGGGCUCCUCGUGGAACGGAGCGCCCAUGAUCAGCCAACAGGAGAACACGGCACCCGACAAAAGCAGCAGUGAAGGACAAUACAGCACCAAAGUUCUGGAGCUGGCCCGAAAACAGAGGAUGAACACUGAGGUCAGAAGAAACAUCUUCUGUGUGCUCAUGACCAGCGAAGAUUACCUGGAUGCGUUUGAGAAGCUGUUAAGGAUGGGACUGAAGGACAAGCAGGAGAGAGAGAUCGUCCACGUUCUGAUGGACUGCUGUCUGCAGGAGAAGACCUUCAACAGUUUUUAUGCGGUGCUGGCAGAUAAGUUCUGCACUCACGACCGCCGUUUUCAGAUGACCUUCCAGUUCAGCCUGUGGGACAAAUUCAGAGAGCUUUCCGACCUUCCCACCAGGACUUUCAGCAACCUGAUCCAGCUGGUGACCCACCUCCUCCAGAAGAAGUGCCUCUCGUUAUCUUUAUUCAAAGUCAUCGAGUUUGGAGAACUGGACAAGGCCAAAGUGCGCUUCCUGCGUCAGGUCCUGACUCGCCUGCUCAAAGACAGCGAGCCCGAGGAGCUAGUCAGUAUAUUUGCAAGGAUCUCUGGAAUUCCCAACCUGGGAAUGCUGCGGGAGGGCUUGAAGCUAUUCAUCAGCCACUUCCUGCUGAAGAACGGCCCGUCACAGGAUUCAGAGGAGCAGGCGGCCAUGCUGUCUGAGCGCGCUCACAUCGCCACCAAGGCCAUGGAGGCCAAAGAGGUUAAAGUAAAACUGUAAGAAAAACAAUUGACUUCUUCUUCCCAUCAUGUCCACUAGGCUUUUCCCUCAAAAUAAAUGUUUUGUAAAUAUACAAA